GCCAAACGUCCCUGUGUGAGGACCCUUUCCGAGGUGCCAUGCCUCGGCGAGGGCCGAAGCACACGCUGGAAACGAAGCCCCUCCUGAUUUCCGUCUCCGUUUCGGAGCGUCAUGUUCGCAGCCAGCCAGCUUCCCCGCUCCCUGGUAGCACUCGCUUCGUCUGCGCGCUCGCCACCCGUCUGCUUGCCCGCCCUUCCCCGUGCCUUCCCCGUCCGCUCGCGUGACCCGGUUUUCUGCGCGGAUUAGCUGUAUCGUCGGCGGAGGGGCUCGACAAGGAGGCUAGGCGGGUUAGUAGGGGUUGCGCAUGUCUCGCCCAGCCACGUCAGGCAACGCCCCGUUAGUGCCCUAUGUUGUAAGCCUGCGUAGGCGGGUGCCUUGGCUGGGGACUGAGGAGGAACUCCCCAGCCAGCCUUGUCAGCCAACCAGCCCAUCAGCCCGCCAGCCAGCCAGCCAACGCCGCACGUGCGCUGUGCAAGACACUGCAACUUUCGGUUCGCACGUAUAUGUCUGCAGCUACGGGCAUCGACAGCAGGCGAGAGCCACGUCAGCAAUCAACCAUCAAACGUCAUUCUUUCAGGCUCCCUCUCGAUCAAGCUAUUCAUCAACUUAUCAGUCUCCCACCACUCGGUUUCCUCUUGUCUGAUCGAAGUACCGUCUGUGCAACUGGAAGAGAUCAACGGCCGCCUUUCUGUUUUUUCGCCGUCAUGGGGCGCGUGCCGGCAUGUAGCAUUAGGAGACGACGGUACUCCGCAGUUGUUAUCGCCUUCUCAAUCCCCAUUCUUUUCCUACUAAGUCUUGCCGGCCAAACUCAAGCAAGCGAGUACGACCACCGGUACCAGGAUGAUGGCAUAGUGAAGUUGUGGGUAAACAAGGUGUUUCCAUAUCACAACCCGCAAGAAACGUAUAACUACUACUCCCUACCCUUCUGUAAACCGUCCGGCAGUGUGGAGCACAAAUCGGGUGGCCUAGGAGAGGUGCUGGAGGGUAAUGAACUCAUUGACAGCAACAUAGAGUUCCGGUUCAAGAGAGAUGUUCCAAAGACGACGAUCUGCACUGUCAAUGUGGAGGACGACAUUGAGAAGCAGUUCAAGUACGCAAUUGAGAAUCAUUAUUACUAUGAACUCUUCAUGGAUGACCUGCCAAUAUGGGGUCUUGUUGGGUUGACCAGCGAAAAUGACAAAGAAGGCUUGAACUCUGAUCAGGACUACAUCUUCACGCACCGUAGUUUCACAAUCUACUACAAUGGGGACCAGAUCAUCCAUGUCAACAUUACAUCUGACCCUGAAGGGAAGAGGCUUGUGAAGUCUGGGUCACCCUUGGAGUUCACCUAUUCGGUGAAAUGGGAACCCACGUCUGUCAAAUUUGUAAAUCGAUUUGACUGGUAUCUGGAUGUUGGUUUCUUUGAGCAUCAGAUCCAUUGGUUCUCUAUCUUCAAUUCCUUCAUGAUGGUCAUCUUCCUCACUGGCCUUGUGUCGAUGAUCCUCAUGCGGACACUGAGGAAUGAUUAUGCCAAGUAUGCUCGGGAAGAGGAUGACCUUGAAACUCUGGAGAGGGAUGUGAGUGAAGAAUCAGGAUGGAAGCUUGUGCAUGGUGAUGUUUUCCGAGCGCCUCGGCAUCUUGUCCUACUUGCCGCUCUGGUUGGAACUGGUGCACAGUUGGCUUUGUCAGUACUGGCUCUCAUUCUGAUCAUAAUCAUUGGGACCCUUUAUGUCGGCCGGGGAACAAUUGUAACAACAUUUAUCAUCUGUUACACCGUAUUCGCCUUUGUAGCAGGCUAUGUCAGUGGAGGCUUCUAUGCGAGAAAUGAUGGAAAACACUGGAUCAAGUCGAUGCUCUUGACUGCUUCACUGUUCCCAUUCUCAUGCUUUGUGAUUGGCUUCGUUCUGAACACCAUAGCCGUGUUCUAUGGUUCGCUCACAGCAAUCCCGUUCACUACUAUGGUGGAGAUGUUUCUCAUCUGGGCCUUCAUCUGUUUCCCUCUUGCCCUUCUUGGGACGGUGGUCGGGAGGAACUGGAACGGCGUUCCUGAUAAUCCCUGCCGCGUGAAGAUCAUACCAAGGCCCAUUCCUCAGAAGAAGUGGUAUUUGACCCCAUGGAUGGUCUCCCUCAUGGGUGGCCUGCUUCCUUUUGGCAGCAUCUUCAUUGAGAUGUACUUCAUCUUCACGUCUUUCUGGAAUUACAAGGUGUAUUAUGUAUAUGGCUUCAUGUUGCUGGUCUUCUUGAUCCUGAUCAUAGUGACGAUCUGCGUAACGAUUGUCGGGACAUAUUUCCUGCUGAAUGCGGAGAACUACCAUUGGCAGUGGACAUCCUUCUUUUCUGCAGCUUCAACAGCGGGAUACGUCUUUUUGUACUCGAUCUACUACUACUUCAUGAGGACAAACAUGUCAGGGUUUUUCCAGACCAGCUUCUACUUCAGCAAGACGUUGAUGUUCUGCCUUGGCCUUGGAAUCAUGUGUGGCGCUAUUGGGUACCUGGGAUCAUCAAUGUUUGUUCGGCGCAUCUACCGGAACAUCAAGUGUGACUAAAGGACUUGGUGGGGAAGGCUGGGAGAGGGUAAGGUCUAGGUAGUAUUAGGAAAUUAGACACGCGCAUGGACAUUCUAUAGUAGGCUGACUCCGCGAUCACCAUUGUCCCAUGUUGGGAAUGCGUCGCUUGGUUCCACCACUUCAGCACCUGGGUUGGAUGAUUGCGCACUUCGAGCAAGAGAAAUGUUUGAGAAGAGUGGGUGGCCUUUCGAUGUAUCGGAAGGGGGUUCUCUGACUGAAGAUCCAGAAUACUGAAGCCUCUGCUAUGAAGUAGCAGGGGACUCCGGCUGAAUGCGAAAGGAGUGGAGAGAGCAGGAUAGAGCUGGAAGUAUAGAGAACCUGCUGCACUGUCCUAGGCUCACGCCAUCGUUGUUAUGAUUGUCUUGUUUAUUUUCUUCUCCUCUCUUCCGCCACUUAUUUUGGAAGUUGAGCGCGAAGCUGAGCAUGGAAGCCUUUCAAUCAUUCACAGAUCUUUGUUCAUCAUGCAAAGUCCCUGGGCGGUUGCAUUUGUCGAGUUUUGUUAUCCUUCACCAUUGAUGUUCUUGUCUUAGCUGCCGCUGUGCAUCCGCCGUCAGCUAACGCUUUGUCUCUUUUAUGAGCUCUUCUGUCUUGCAGUUUUAUCCUGUUAGAAGGCGAAACCAACUUGCUGCAUCUGAAUAAUAUGGCCUUUCUGAGAUGCUUGUAAGAUUGAUGCUGAUAGCUGUUUCCCUCGACUAUCCAUAGCUGCCGGGGCGAGUGAGUUGUAUCAGCUGCCAGUAUUUAAGAAUUCUGUUGAUAUCUGUUCCUCUCGACCAUCCGUAGCUGCCAGGGCGAGUGAGCUGUAUCAGCUUCCAGUAUUUAUGUACUGCACACUGCACACUAUGUAACGAGGUGUGUAUAUCGAUGAACGUGAAUCUAUCUUUAUAAGAAGCAUUUAAAGCGAAUUUAUCAUCAAUCUUUCCACCUUUUUGAAACAAAAUGGAGGUCCCGGU